GUUGUUGUUGGUGGUGGUGGUGGUGAUGAUGGAUAUGCGGUAGAGUUACCUGCUAACUAACUCACCCACCGCCCUCGCCAUUGCCACCUCCUCCUUAUCCUCACCAAUCGUUAUCACCAUCAUUGAUUGGCACGGGCUACGGUGCGAGGGAUGCUGUUGUGAUGUCCCCUCUUCGUACCCCGGUGCCUGGAGUCUCUAGCCCCGUGGGUUCCUAGCGCAGUUUAACCCCCCCUCUCCAUCCCUCACCUCUCUCUUGCAUCCACCAAACCCACCACCACUCCUUAUCCUCCCCUCCCUCUCGAACUCGUCAAUUCCGUCCCUCCGUCUUUUGCCUCCCUCCCUCCUCCCUCCCAGAGCCCCGCACCGCGCCCUAGCCCCAGGGCGUCGCGGGUCGCGCCUUUUAGCGCCCCCAAAACUCUCCCCGCGCCUCACUUGGCUCGCUCCUCCCUCCAGCGCAGGUUCCCCCGUGUACUCUCUUAUAUCUCCUCUCACCAAAGGCUCAAGCUCAAAUACCGCACCGGAUCGUCGUCGUCGCUACGCGGUCGAGGCAGGCGAGGUGCCCCAGGAAUCACUCUGCACCCGGGUGGUGGUGGUGGGUGUCCGCGAAGUCCUGCGUGAAGAGUCCCACGGAGUUCCAGAGUCGCCGAGAGAGAAGGUUCCCUUUGGAGGUGGGGGAAGAGUCACUCGAAGGGAGAGAGACCAUGGCCAGAGACGCGGCGCUCCUGCGGAGGAUGGUGAUGUUAGCGGUGUUGGCGGCGAUGGCUGUGACGGUGUCUUCUCACGAGCUCCUCGCACACCUGGGCCAGGCCCGGGCCCGCAGGGAGUGGAACGCGCCGCCCAUCGCCGUAACCGAGGGGCCCACGGGCCCCUACCCCAAAUACCUCACCUCGGUGAUCACGGACAAUGAGAAGCUGAUGAAGGUGACGUACCGCAUCUCGGGCGAGGGCACCGACCUCGAGCCGCGCAACUGCUUCUCCAUCGACGAGGUCACGGGGAAGAUCUUCCAGAACAAGGAGCUGGACCGCGAGGAGCGGUGGUCCUAUAAGCUCAAUGUGCAGGCGUACGACGACAAAGGCCAGGCGCUGGAGCAGCCCCUCGAGUUCGUCAUCGUGGUGAAGGACAUCAACGAUAACGCGCCCGAGUUCUCGUCGUCCAACAUCAAGGGGUCGGUGCAGGAAGGCGUUCCCGUCGGCGCCUUCGUCAUGCAGAUAUCCGGCACCGACAGGGACCAGGCCGGCACGGACGCGAGCGCCAUCGCCUACCGCAUCGUGUCUCAGAGCCCCGCCAACGCCUUCACCGUUGACCGCAAGACCGGAGUGGUGCGCACCACCAGCUUGCUGGACCGCGAGACGGUGACCUCGUACAGCUUGGUGGUGGAGGCGUCCGACAAUAACGGCGACGGCUCGGGGUUGUCCAGCACGACGGCCGUCACGAUCGCCGUGGGGGACAUCAACGACAACCCGCCCAUCUUCUCCGAGAACAUGUUCACCGGCAAGGUGGAGGAAAACAAGAAGGAUGUGGUGAUCGGCCGCGUGAAGGUGACGGAUGCCGACCUGGUGAACACGCCAGCGUGGCGCGCGCGCUACUUCAUCGUCAGCGGCAACGAGGCCGGCAACUUCGCCAUUGAGACAGACCCCGUCACCAACGAGGGCAUCGUCAAGCUCAUCAAGCCCUUGGACUACGAGAUGACGUCAUCGCAGUCGCUGUCGAUCCGCGUAGAGAACGAGAUUGCGCUCGUUAGCGGCAGCAGCUCCUCCAGCUCCAUGAGCAUCUCGGGGGGUGGCGGCGGUGGUGGCGGCGGUGGUGGCGGCGGUGGUGGCGGCGGAGGUGGUGGCGGCGGCAGCAGCAGCAGCCACAACUCCAUGUCCAUGUUCUUGGUGGACGUGCUGGACGUGGACGAGCGGCCCGUGUUCGCGCCCAACAUGAUCCGCGUGGACCGGCUCGAGGGCCAGGCCACAGGGCAGAGCCUCGCCAAGUUCAAGGCAUCGGCACCGACCUCCGUGCCCGGGGGUGCCUCCCACGUCAUGCGGUACGGCAAGCUGAACGACCCGGCUAAUUGGCUGGAGAUCGACCCGGUGACGGGAGACAUCCGCACGCGGGCGCCGCUCGACCGCGAAUCACCCCACGUGGUGAACAACACCUACACGGCGACCUUCUCCGUCGUGGACGAGACGUCUCCGUCGGGCACGAACACGGGGACGAUCGUCAUCAAACUCGACGACAACAACGACAACGCACCGGACGUGGUGACGCGCAACGUGAGCGUGUGCGAGACGGGGCCCGACUACGUCACGGUGACGGCCAGCGACCCCGACACGGAUAUCAACGGCAAGCCCUUCACCUUCGAGCUGCCCGCCGACUCCGCGUGGACCGUCUCCGAGACCGACGGCACCUCCGCCGUCCUCAAAUACCGCUCCCAGCGCAUCCCCCGCGGCGUGCACGCCGUGCCGCUCAUGGUACGCGACCGGCUGGGCCUGGGCGAGGUGCGCAACGUCACCGUGUCGUCGUGCCCCUGCGAGCCGGGGUCCUCCGAGCCCUCCUGCGAGGCCGUCGGGGUCGCGGGGUCGCGCGCGGGGGGGCUCUCCGACGGGGCCCUGGCAGGGAUCCUCGCGGGGAUCCUGGGCUUCCUCAUGCUCGGAAUCCUGCUGCUGCUCUGCUGCUGCAAGUUUGGCAAGAAGCAGACCCUCAUCGGGAAACUCAUGGGGGAGCUUCCCAAGAGCUCCCUGUCGACCUCCACGCGCGGGGAGGAGCAGGACAAGGCACUGGGCGGGAUGCAAGGACACAGCGAGAGCGUUCCGCUCGUCACAAAAAGCUCCGGCAGUGCCAACUUCUCCUCCAGCAAGGUCACCAAGGAAAAGUUCGUGAACCAGUCCGUGACGGAGAGCAAGUUCGGGCUCAACCAGGGCCGGUCGUUCGCCAAAGGCGCCGGAGCGGCAGGGGCAGCCGCAGGGGCAGCCGCAGGGGCAGCCGCAGGGGCAGCCCUCGGGGCGGGCUUGGGGGCAGGCAUGGGGGCCGGAGCGGGCGGAGGGGCCGGAGCGAUGAGAGGCGGUGCUUACGUGGAGAGCAGUGCGGCUGGAAACAUGACCAAUGGACACAUGGGCGCCUCCCACAGCUCCGUAUCAGACACUGAGAUGGACGGCUCGGGCUACAUGGGCAAUGCGGGCGGCGGUGGCGGGAGGCCAAUCACCACGCUCGCACGUAGAUCUUGCGUCAACGGCGGUAUAGACAUGCAGCAGCAGGGUGGCUUUGCAGAUUACUUUGGGGAAACCAUGCAACACUCGGACAUGAACUUAAUGGAGAGUGGGGGACAGAUGGGCCAGGGCGGAGGAGACACAGCCUACUUCAUGACAGAGAGCCUCAAGAUCCUGGACCAGGAUGUUGCUGCUCCGGACACACUGCUCAUCUUCAACCAGGAGGGCACCAUGGGCGGCUCCCAGUUCUCCCUUGUGUGCCAAGACAUGCUGUAACGGCCCGGCUCUCCCUUCUCAUGCUGU